UGAUCGCUGUUCAGAGUCCGAGACUCAGAGGCGGCCCACCCCGGGUCAAAGUGGCUGGUCGUGGAGAGAAUUCAGAUAGGUGCCUCCGCCUCGCCAUGGGCACGGAUAUCUGGAUCGGGACGUGGCGGCCCCACCGGCCCCGGGGCCCCAUCGCCGCCCUCUACGGCAGCCCCGGACCCAAGUACUUGCUGCCGCCCAGUACAGGACACCCCCUGCACGACCCCACCCGCGCCCGCGCUCCCGCCUUCAGCUUCGGCUGGCGGCUGCCGCCUCGGGACCAGCCCCGCAGCCCGGGCCCCGCCUACCUGCUCCCCGCGCGCCUCACCGUGCGGGGCCGCGACGGCGCCGCGGCCUUCUCCAUCCACGGGCGGCCCCGCGCCCCGCCCACCUUCCGGACCCCGGGCCCGGGCUCCUACUCCCCAGAGCGGGCCGCCCCCUUCGCCUACCCUCGCCCCCCGGGACACUCCAUGGCCGCGAGGACCCGCGACUUUCAGACCGACCAGACCCCUGGCCCCGCGGCCUACUCGCCCCCUGCUAUGCUGGGUCCCCGCUUGGUCAGCAAGGUGUCGGCUCCCAACUACUCCCUGUACGGCCGCAGCCCGGUGGGCAGCUUUUGCGAAGACUUCAGCAAGACCCCGGGCCCCUGCGCCUACCGCGUGGUGGACUCCGGCGUGUACAAGGCGCGCGCCCCGCGCUUCAGCAUGCUCGCUCGGACGGCGCUGCCCGCGGACGCCACCCAGAAUCCGGGCCCCGCCGCCUACAACCCCGUUCAGCGCCGCCAGGCCCGGGGCCAGACCUUCGGGAUCCGCCACUCGGAGUACGUGACGCCGCUCUUCGUGGACGUGGAGGGGUAACCUGCC